UUUAUUUUUAUUUUGACUAUAAUAAUUAGUUUACUGUAUUAUUUUUCUGGCUUAAUCUUUGAGAAAAGAAUCAUUAUAUAAGUGCAUCAAUAACACUUUACAAAAUGAACUGUCAGGUGAAAUAUCAAGUUACUGAUAGCAGAAAGGGAACAGUAGAGUUUUAGAGUUAACAACAUCAUGGCAGAAACAGUAAUCAUACUUGAUGAUGGUAAUGAUGGAACAUAUAAACAUGAAGAAUCUGUGGAGGUGGUUGCUGCUGUAAAGGAAAUAUUACAAAGUGUAUUAAGUAAGUCUAGAAGAGCAGAUAUUCAAGUCAGCAUCAAAUCAACAAAAACAUAUCAAAACUCUACAAGUGAAUCAUGGUUCUAUAUCAAAGUAACUAGCAAGUGCCCAAUAGACCGACAUCAUUUAGAAGGUUACAACAAAAACCCAGCCUUACAUUCUAUACUUGGGUAUAUGCAGUCACUGGAAAAUGAAAGCCAUCUGUGUAUCCAGAACCCAUGUCACCUUGAAGAUGAAGAUCAAAGUUCACUUCAACAGAAUCUAAUUCUUGUAGGUGAAAGGUUAAAUGUACUAAAUGAAGUCCAAAGAUCCAAAAAGAUUGAAGAGUCUAUACUUUACUUAAGGAUACAUGACAGUAUGUUACACAUGAUGAGGGAAUGUACAUGUAUACAUAGUUACAUGUCUCAGAUACGUGUCUUCAGACCUAAAGUUUGUUAUAUUUUAGUUAAAACCAUUUUUAUUGUAUUAUUUGAUUGUAAACAUAACUUGGAGCUUGUACCGCUGUUGUCUUGCUUCCUGGAACUAAACAAUUUAAUAAAUUUGAGGUAG